AGUACCUGGCGAGCAUCGCUGCCUCGAAAAGAAAUUGACAGGAUGUCAUUACUGAGUGUAUAGCAGGAUGGGGAUGGUCUCUAAAGCAAGUGUCAUACUUUAUGUCCUCAUAAAUGUUCUUAUUCAAUGGCACAAUGCCACAUCACCGACAACAGACCUGACCGAAGAACCAAGUGUUCUCCCGACGCAAGACCUGGGGUCAGAUAAUGCAGAUAAUUCAUCUGCUAUGACAACAGACAGUUUCACGACCAGCACACAGGUGACAGUUGACAAUCCGUCCGAAUACUGUCCCGACGGUGCAGUGUGUUCAGACCUCAGCCAGGAAUGUUUGACGUGUGGAUUCAAUACCAGCUGUGUGUAUGGCAAGCUGGACGCCAUCAGCUGUACUGUCAAGGAUCCAGUACCGUGUGUUGGAAACCGCACCUUUACCCGUGAGUUUACCUGCCGGUUCUGUUACCAGAUGGAACCCUGGCUGUACACCUGUAGCUCUAACACCAGCUGUACAGUCAUUUCCUCACCCCCCAGAUCCACCUACAUGGCCUCCUGUACCGUCAAGAGUGGAGUCACCUGCAUGGGGAAUAGAAAAUUUUACAAAAAGUUGCCGUGCAACUGGACUAGUGGAUAUCGUUGGUCUACAGCACUGGCUCUGAGCAUAACCCUAGGUGGACUGGGAGCAGACCGUUUCUACCUCGGACUCUGGAGAGAGGGCCUGGGGAAACUUUUCAGCUUUGGAGGCUUGGGAGUGUGGACACUUGUUGAUGUCAUCUUGAUAGCCAUUGGCUACAUUGGACCAUCUGAUGGCACAUUGUACAUGCAGCAAGAGUGAAUUUGAUUGGACGAGACAGAGGAAAGCUGUGAAGUGUAUUGCUGUGAUGAAAGAGAUGAUUGGUUAGAAAAGACCAUAAUGUUUGACCAGUGUUUGGUGUAACAAGAGAUUUCAUUGGUUGCAUCAGAAUGCCAGAGUAAUGAUCAGUUGAUCAUGAAUAAUAGUUCAGUUGACGUUGACUGAAGUGAUAA